AGAUUGUAUAUGAUGAUUACUGUGUUUCCUCUCUUUUUUGACUCUCUUUAUUGAUUGUGUGGAAAUGAAUGAAUACCGGGGUUCGUCGUUCGUCUAUCUGGGCGCUGGAGAUGUUCGUUAAUGAGCUGGCUGUGAGUGUGCAUUGCGGCCGCGCGCUUCAGUGUAAGUUCUGGUUCCGUCCGUUGUCGCUUCGAGUCUCACUCACUCAGCACGGCCGUUCUCUACCCUUCUUCGCCUUUGUAUAAGUAACUCGACUCCCUUCCUGAGGUCUCUGGCAACAAUCACCAACACCAAUCCUUCACCAUCUCCGACUCCGACAAUGCAACAAAACUUCCUCCGCGGUGACCCACUCUCGCUCGAUCGUAUCCGGUCUACACUCAUCCGGCUUGAGGAUACCAUCAUCUUUGGGCUCAUCGAGCGCGCCCAAUUCGCGCAUAAUCCCAAGAUAUACGAGGCUGGUGGGGUACCUGAAUUGAAAGAGAGGGUAGGAUUUGAAGGGAGUUGGUUGGACUGGUUCUUAGCUGAGAUUGAGGGGUUUCAUGCAAAGGCGAGGAGAUAUACUAGCCCAGAUGAAUAUCCCUUCACCCCCAUCGAAUCCCUCCCCCAGCCUCUCCUCGCACCACUCUCCUACCCAAAACUCCUCCACCCGAACACAGUCAACGUCAACCCCUCCCUCAAAUCUCUGUACAUCCGCUCCAUAGUCCCGCGCAUCACAUCCUCAGCUACACGCGCCCUUGCAGCUCUGCGUCGUGCGCAGGGCAUAACGGGUGACCCCGAACGCGAGGACGACGGGAAUUAUGGGAGCUCUGCAACGCUCGACGUCGAGAUUCUUCAAGCCCUAUCCAAACGCGUGCAUUAUGGGAAGUUUGUGUCGGAGAGUAAGUUCCGUGCGAAUCCGGGUGCGUUCGUUUCGUUAAUAAGGAAGGAGGAUAGGGAGGGGUUGGUUGGGUUGAUUGAGAAGAAGGAGGUGGAGAGGAGGUUGCUUCUUAGGGUUAGGAAUAAGGCGAGGGUGUAUGGGCAGGAGGUGGAUGCGGAUGGGAAUCCGGUCGGUCCUGUUAGUCCUGUUAAUGGGAACGUAGCGACACCGAAUGGGAACGGGGAAGGGAAGAUUGACGUUGAGGGCGUCGUGGAGUUGUAUGAACAUUAUAUUAUUCCGUUGACGAAGGAGGUCGAGGUGGAUUAUUUGUUACAGCGUCUGGACGGGUUAUCGGAAGAGGAGGUAGAGGAAUUGUGCAAGUCGAAGAAGCAAUAAUGUAAUAGUCGGUAAACAGUCG